AUGAAGGUAUCGGUUGAUGUUGUUUUAGAUAUGAAUGCAUUGCUACCGGUACCUGACAUUGUUGCGGAGACCACAUUGCUGCGAGAUGCAGUAGGAUCUUUUGUGGCAUGGCCAUCAGACCUCAUCUGCAUAGAUGAUCAGACUCCUGUAAAACCCGCAUCUAAGGAUAAAGGGAUUUUGCAGCGCGGCGAGUCUAUUGCAUCGCAAAGACAGGUACCUUCUCAAGAUCAGUCACAGCAGGUGAGCCAGAAAGGUAGUAGGGUUCCACCUAAGAAGAAGGUUCCUGUCCGUAAAUUUGUGCCUAGGUAUCGACAGUGUCUGGAGACACUAGUUGGCACAUCAGAUUUGAUGAAUGAUGGAAUUCGUCAAAUCGAUGUGGAUGAAAUUGUCUUUGGUUUUCCAUGUACCGAAACAAUUGGAUUAGAGGACAUGGAACAAAUCUUUCAUCAUCGAGAGUUAGGCAUCAGUGUGAUGCACUCGUACAUCCGGAUGUUAUUUGACAAAUUGAUGCGCGGGAAUCAAUUGUCAAAUAGAUUCCGUUUCGUGUCUUCCUCCCGUGUUAGCGGAGCAACAAUUUCUAGGGAACCUGAUUCAGUAAGAGAACACUUGGUCGAAAGAUUCAGGACAACUGCCAGUACAGAGAGCUUGUAUCUUUUGCCUUAUAAUACAGGAUGUCACUGGUUGUUGCUUGCAAUCAAUCCCAUAAAAGAAGUGGUCUAUUACCUGAAUUCGGUUGACGGUGAUUGGACAAAUUAUCCGGAAAUGAAGCUAGUGAUUGAUACUUCAAUACAAGUAUUCCGAUGUCAAAGGGGAGCACGAGUACCACGGUCUAGAUCAAACAACAUUAAUUGGAUCAAAGUACAGUGCCCUCAACAACAAAACGGCAUAGAUUGCGGAUACUUCGUUUUGAUGUUUAUCAAAGAAAUCAUUCAAAUGAAUGAAAUCGAGAUUCCAAUCACGUAUUUUGAUCAAUACAAUUGUCCAUAUUACUCGCCACGUCAAUUGGAAGAACUCAAAGAGGAGUUGUGCCAAUAUUUUAUUGAGCUAAUAAUCUUAUAA